AGAAUGUUAAUUGAAUUUACCUGAUACUUAGGAAUAUGGAAUAAUUCUGUGUAUUAGUUUUGAUUACAGGAUAGCUGUCACCUGAAAGACACAGGAAAUGAUGCAUAGCUUUUGGGUCGACAUCAUCCCUACAACUUGUAGCCUGGGAGAAGAGGGAGGGGCGGCAGUGUUCUUAUAAAGAUUGGGGGGAAAUAAUGGGUCUUCAUGAAUCCCUUGAUCUUGCGAUUGUUUAGAUUUAGUUUUAAUUUCAUGUAAUAUUUGAUAAAAUGAUGUAUCUAGCUGAAUACCGGUCAGUUAGAGGGCCAUUAAAAAGUUGAAACGAACUCCAAUCAGACAGAACAGCAGUCGAACCCACAGCGCCGCCACUCGGUAUAAAUGCAGCCCUUAAAAUCUUCAGUGCGGUUGAUUUGAGCCACCGCGCAUGUUCAGGCAGGCUUUUUAAAACAGGGAUUUUGGGUGUCACGCUCGGACGGACAGACAAAACACACCGGCAGCGUCAGGCCUGGGUGAUUAUGCGGAAAGGUAAGGGACUCGGAGAGUCAGGGAGACUUUCCCGAAGCCAUUAACUCAGCGCUGCCGGAUGGAGAUGCUGCAGCGCUGCGGUAUCAUCGCACCCCACCCUCGCACUGCGCCACUCACAGACUGCCCAUUUAUAUAUUUAUUAAAACCUGCAGCGACAUCACGGUGAGCUUAGCGGACUGGCCUUAUCUCCGUCCCCCGUUUUAAUCGAGAAAAGCACCUGAUUCCCUAUAUAGUGCAGUCAGAGAAAGCACUUUGUGUCUUAGCAACAAACCUUUCUACCUCCCUUAUUGCCAUUUGCCUCAUCGUAAACUACACAGCUUUUCUCUAUUAGUUAUUUAUAAAUACAGUUGCGACACCCUCAACAGGAACAUGGGCAUCGAUUCCGAGGAACCGACACCUCUGGGCCCGUCCCUCAGCAAGGGGCAGGUGGAAGCAUUCCAGAGGGCGGAACCCAAGACUCUUGGGGCCAUCCAGAUCAUCAUUGCAGUGCUGACCCUGUGCCUGAGUGUGACUCUGCUUCAGCAGGAGAUUCAUUUCACGGGGGAUGUGAAAGUUUUGUGUGUUGUUGUUGGACAGCUCAUCCUGUCUGGAUCGGUGCUGGUGCAUGCUGGGAGGAGGCCGUCUGUGUUCUGGUUGAAAUCCAUUCUGGUGCUGCACCUAGUAAGUGCUGCCUUCGCCACCGCAGCCCUGGGGCUCCUGUCCAAGCACCUGCCCUACCGACAGGACGCCUACCACUGUGAGCACUGCUACCGGCUGCAGAACGCUGCUGUGAUGCUGAUCGACGGGAUCACGGGCACGUUGGUCCUGUUCCUGGUGCUGGAGCUGGUGAUCUGCAUUGUAGCCAUGCUGUUCGGGCUCAACGCCCUGGCUAACGGCAGUUUCCAGCUGGCCGUUACUAGCCUGACAGCACCUACACAUCAGAGUCCUGCUAUUACUGCCUCCGCCGCUGCCCCCGCCGCUGCCUCAGCCGCCGCUGCCUCCGCCGCCGCUGCUGCCUCCGCCGCUGCCUCCGCCACUGCCUCCGCCGCUAUCCCCAUCCCGGAUCCCAUGGAGGCCAUCGUGGAAGACCCCGCAGUCCCCGAUGAGCCCCAGGUGAUUGUCUCCAGUCCAAAAACACAAACGCCCGAGACUCCCUCUAUAACAAUCGACGAGCCUCAGGUGGCACCAGCUGAAAUGGACAGCGAAACUGAGUCUUAGGAGAGUCCAGUCCAGCCCGCCUUCCUUCCUGCCGGCGUAGUCUGAAGGGACGGGGGCUAGGGGGGCGGGGCAACUGAUGCCAAAAUGUGCACGGGAUUUGCUGAUAUCUCCGAAAUCCAAAAGGGAGGUAGUGUUCAUUUGACAAAAUUGAAAAAGCUGCUAUCAAUUUAUCUCGAGGGAUUUCAAUAAGAAUUGGGUGUGACCACAUUCCCAUCCAAAAAUGGUAAUAGAUUUGAAUAUAAACAGGAUUGGUUAACUCAGGCUGUCACCCGCACUAUAUGAUAUGUGUUUCUGCUGAACGUUUUCCUUUUACAUCGGUUGCUUUAAUACCAAAGGACAGCAGUUCGUACAAGCAGAUCAUUGUGCUUUGGAUACAACCAUUUUUACAUCCAUCCAUCCAUACAUCCAUCCAUCCAUCCAUCCAUACAUCCAUCCAUCCAUACAUCCAUCCAUCCAUCCAUCCAUCCAUCCAUCCAUCCAUACAUCUAUCCAUUUUCCAUACACUUGUAAUACUGGCGUAAGGAAGAAAAAAAAAACACAAAUUAUUUUGCCAAUUCACUUCACCAGUGCACAAGUGAUUUCACCUCAUCGCUGUAAGAAGGAAAUUCAUUUAUAUCGUCAUUCUGACUGUGUUGUUAUAUUCUUUGUCAUUCUGAUCUUUAGUACCAGACAAAAGUUUGAGUACACUUGCUGAAAAAUAGGGUUUUUUUUCAUAAUGGACAAUGUUUCAUAGCAAAUAUUUUUUGUAAUUUUGUGGAAAUGCGUUAUAGUAUAUAUAUGAAAAAUAUGAGUAAGAAAGCAGUAUUCAAUAAAACUGAAAAUUCCCACCAAAUCUUGGAUUCAGCAAAAAAUGACUUUUUGCCUCGAUAAGAUGAGAUGAGAUGAAGAGAUGAUGAGAUUGAGAUUGAGAUGAGAUUGAGAUUGAGAUUGAGAUGAGAUGAGAUGAGAUGAGAUGAGAUGAGAUGAGAUGAGAUGAGAUGAGAUGAUGAGAUACAUCCGGUGUUCAGGUCUUCCCAGUAUUUCUGCAGCAAUUCCCCGAUUGGCUUUUUUGCCUUGACUCUUGUAUCCAGUUCUUCCCACACAAGGUCUCUGGCCUUGAGGUCCCGAGGCUGGUCAGGUCAGGUCAUUCCUUUGAGGUGCCCUUCGCUUCCCUUCAUCGCCAGGCAGUUCCUGCCCAAUUAUAAGCUGUGAUCUGGCUCGCUAUCUUGCUGCAGCUUGGCAGACUGCCCACUAAGCCAGAUGGCAUGAUGUACCAGUGAGGUGAGCUACGACAAACCAACCCAGGCAGUAAAAUAACCCCAGACAGCGACACUGCCGCCUCCAGUGGGAAUCACACACUCUGAGAUUAUCCUCUCAUCCUCUCUGUGUUAUACAAACACACUGCAGUUGGACCCGGAUCUUUCCAUUGUUGGCUCAUCAGUCCAUAAGGCCAAUUCCAUUCCUCUGACGACCACUGUCUGGAUAAUUAUCUAAAAUACAAGCAUAUGUACUCAAGCUUUUGACUGGCAUCAUAUCUCCAAACAUAACCACACAAUACGCAAAUUUAUGUUUCAUAUUUUUUAUAAAACGAGGACUCCGUACCUUUAUUGAGUUUAUGUACGUAGACACAGAGUGUGUCAUUUAUAUGUGGUUUCUAUCGCUCAACAGUAUUUCCACUGCAAAGUUAACUCUGUUUGUACUGAACCCAAUGUCCUUCCUUGUUUAAUUUGUUGCAUUGACAGAAACUGAAACUAGCUUGUCAGUGCUCUAAACUCAGCAUAAGAGGCUUAUGGAAAAUGUCUCUGUGUUUCGGAAACUUUUAUAAUAUUACUUUCAAUCAUUAUUAUUUUUGUGUCACUUGACUUCUGCAUUCACCUGGUAUGUUCCUGCCCUGCUUUAGGUUCCUGUGUGUGGAUUAACUUGAAUUGUGACGUGAUAUAGCACUAUAGAGAAAAGAAAAACUGUUUUAAAAGUUAACUGAUGCAGUGUUUGGGCAAAUUGUUAGUGUGAUUGUCUUAUUUACACGUGUGACUUGCACAUUCCAAUAAAUUGGUUACUGAAAGGACAGAAAACA